AUGAGUGAUACUUUUCGUAUUCUUCCUGUUCAUCCAACAACAUCAAAUGCUUUCAAAGAGUGGUUUAAAGAAUUCUCAAAAAUCAGGUCAUCAUUAGCUCCAGUUGAUCCAUUCACUGGAGAAUUUCAUAAAAUUGCUAAUGCAUUUAACGCUUUAUCAUUAGAGUUACAAAAUGAAAUUGCAGACAAGUCCGACAAAACAAAAUCGUCUGUUUAUGAUAGACCUGAUUACAUAGUUCGUGAAUUUUUAAGAACAAAUAGCGUUAUUUUAGUAAUUUCAUAUAUGAAAUCACUAGCAGAAGCACUGUCAUCAGGGAAGGCAAGGAUUCUUAAAACAGGCAUUAUUAGCUAUGAUAAUACAAAUUUAGAUGAAAAAAUCUGCUCUGCUUUGCUUAGGGAAAUACCUUCGACAUUAGCAUUUAUUUUCUCAGCCAAAGAAUCUGUUGCAAUUACAAAUAUCGAUGAUCUUCUCAAAAUUUGUGUUCAACUUCUCGAUUAUGCUAUAGUUGAUCCAAAUCCAUACAUAAAAAUUGAAGCAAACCAAUACGAUUUGUUCACUGGUAUCAUUUACGCCGUCAAAUCUUGUAUAGAAAACGUAAAAGAUUUGAAUGCAUCUCUAUUCUUUACAUUGUUCCAAGAUUUCAAGCUCAUGAGGAAGUUUGUGGACGUUAUUACAAAAUCAUUCGAGUGCCAGUUGCUUACUCUCACCACUGUUGCAACUCAGUGCUUAAACUUAUAUAUCCAAGCAUCCCAGGCCGAGCCUGACCUCAAAGAGAAUGCAAAAGAUGAAGAAUUUAAGUCUGCUUUUAAUAAUAUGAUGGAAAAAGUUGUAAAUCCACUCAUUACAGCCGAUAGAAGUAACAGAUCAAAAUUCAGAUCAAUAAUGCAUUAUUCAAGAUCAGUAAAAUAA